AUGCUCCAGGACGCGGGGGGCACUGUUCCCCCUAACACCGACCAUGCAGUCAGUGUGUCGCUGCCAACAUGGAAAGACAAUGUCGCCUAUGAAGAAGGAGAACCCUGGCUUAUCAACAAGAUGCAAUGUGGCUAUCCUCGAUUUUUUGUGCAUCCGAUCAUCCAGGAGCUAGCAAAGGAGGUGGUGCUACGCCACGGAAAGCCAGACACAGAAACUGUCAUGCUGUUCCCGUCCCCUAAUACGGCACGAGUCUGCUAUUCGUUUUUCCUUUCGAGAUUAUCCGGCGCCGAAUCGCAAAAUGUUCGUAUAGUGGAUCUUGCUCCCCCUCCUCACACGGAAACCGACUCCCCUACUGUCACCUCGCGUUUGUCGGGUGUAAUAUUUCCAAAGGAGUAUUUCCCAAUUGCCAAGCAAGUGUGGCAGCACACUGGAAGUGGUGUAUCAAGUCGCCGAGGUGAAUUCUGUCUUGGCGCUUUGCGAGAUGGCUACCUGCAGGAGAAAAAGGACAUUGGCUUGGAAACGACAGCACCAAGAAUUUGCAAGGGCCCACGGAGGUACCAAGGAAAGGACUCGGCCACCGAACUCGUUCGAGGGAUAGGGUCACAGUCCACGGCACCGAAUCCAUCCGCCGCACCCAAUGGAUCACAGGAAGGGCGCGAAUAUGCUCAGUUCAUUGAAGAACGGUUUGGCCGGAAUCUAAGCACCUCUCUAUCCCAACAAGCCAAAUUGGCCGUUCGCAAACGGAUAGCAGGCGUUCUAACUGCAGAUGUCGAUCUGAGCGAAGCUCUGCAAAAGACUGCCGGGGUAGGUAGAGUAGCAGGUUUGAGCGAGUCUGACGUUUAUGCCUUUCCAACAGGCAUGAACGCUAUCUUUAGUACGCAUCAGAUGCUACUUAGUUCAAGGGGUGCUAUGAAAAGCGUGUGCUUUGGAUUUCCAUACAUUGACACACUAAAAACUCUGGAGAAAUGGGGACCCGGCUGCUUAUUCUACGGACACGGCUCAUCUGAGGAUCUAGAUGACUUGGAGUCGCGUUUAAAUAAUGAUGAAAGGUUCCUGGCGCUUUUCACCGAGUUUCCUGGAAAUCCACUACUGAAAUCGCCUGACCUUCGACGGAUUCGUGCCCUCGCUGAUAAAUAUGACUUCGCGGUUGUUGUAGAUGAGACGGUGGGCAACUUUCUCAAUGUCAAUGUUCUACCAUACGCCGACGUCGUCGUCAGCAGUCUGACAAAAAUAUUCAGUGGGGAUAGCAAUGUCAUGGGAGGAAGUGCUGUUCUCAACCCUCAUGCUCGGCACUAUCAAGCAUUGAAGGAAACGUUUUCUCGAGAAUAUGAGGAUAACCUGUGGGCAGAGGAUGCUGUUUUCCUGGAAAGGAACAGUCGUGAUUUUGUGUCCAGGAUUGAAAAAAUUAACACAACCACAGAGGAGAUAACAGAGAUGUUAAGGAACUCGUCGCUCGUUAAACAAGUUUAUUAUCCGAAAUACAGCCAAUCGAAGCCAUUUUAUGAUGCGUUUCGUACUCCUAAUGGUGGUUAUGGCGGUCUCUUCUCUGUCACCUUCCAUUCAACAGCUGCUGCGGCCGCUUUCUUCGAUGCCCUUGAGGUCCUGAAAGGGCCUAGCCUUGGCACAAAUUUUACCUUGGGCUCGCCAUACACCCUUCUAGCCCACUAUAGCGAACUUGACUGGGCGAAAUCCUUUGGGGUGGAAUUUGACUUGGUCAGGAUAAGUGUUGGCCUGGAAGACAUACCGGAUCUCCGUGGCCGAAUCCAAAAAGCCCUAGAUGCUGCGGCAAGUGCUCAGGCAUAG